GAUUCAGAUAACUGAUUGGAAGGGAACAUGCAUAGUAGUGGCCUAAUUGAACUCGCGUUGGAUACGCGUUGGAUACGCGUUUGAGCAGCUGGUUGGUGCCACGACCUCCGCACUGGAUGACUCGAAAUGCAUGUACGGUCGCACAACGUAGUUAUGGGCGGGAUGAUGGUUUCGAGUUGAGGCCACGAGAAGACCUCGAUUCAUCUUAUUUAAUGCCGACUCCCAAUCUUUGGGCAACAUGAUGGUUUCUUGGUAAACUACCUAGGUGCCUAUGGAGAAUGGGGCCCAAGAAAACUUCAGGAAGGCUGGGGAUGGACCCGUACUCGAAAUUACUUCAUCGAUUCUACGAACCUUUGAUUCUGUUGAGAGUCCUUGGGCAGACGCGAGGAACACAUACUUCAACCCUUCAAGAUGGCAAGAGUCAAUCCAGACGUAGAAGGCUGCUCUGCAACCUUUCUCACCUUUGCGAUUAUGAUAAAGGUGGUGAUAUGACUUCAUCUAUUGCUCUUGAGGAUAACGCCGAAUGCUACGUCUUCUGGAUUGCUUCGAACACAGCUCGCGCGAGCAACAAAAACCUGGGAUUCCUACAAUCAUCCCUAGCAAAAAUAUAUCACAUCAUUAUGCUUAAAGAAGAGGAAAGGGGUCUCCUUGAAGUUGAAUUCGUUCGCAAAUGUAUAGAUUUUGCUCAACAGAGAGUGAAGAAGGAGGUCAAGUUGCUUUCAAGAGCGAUAAAGGAGUGCGAAGAAUAUAUCAGCAAGGAAAAUCUCGUACCAGAUUCCCAAUUAGCCAAAUGGCUACAGCAAUUCAUUCCGGACAAAGGGAAGCCUGUGGCUGAUGUUUGCUUCCAAGCCUAUGAUCAACGAAAGACACCGGAGUUUCGUUCGCUAGAGGGUAAAACUUACUCCGGUAAUGGAAACAUCGAUCUCAGCAAAUACGAGUCUCUUUUCGCAACAGUACGCCAUCGUCUGGGGCGAUUGGCUGAUCAUGUCCGAGCACCAAAGAAAGUCAUCGAAGAUUCACUUGAAUUGGGUCACCUGUUCGAUGCGUACAGGAUUCGCUUGGUUAACCCACCACCGAGUAACCCACGACCCCAGGCCGACUCUCUUACCGAGCUUCACAGUAUCCUCAAGCGGAUGUUACCGGACAAUGACCCAAAGUUGGAAGAAUAUAUUGAGGCUCUAAUGUCUCUGGAUCAUAAGUUUCAAAUCACAAAACGAAUCCGCGGAGAAUAUGACAAUAAAAACUUCCAGCCGCGCGUCCAUGCUGAGGUUCAGAUUCUAGAACAUUUCUGUGCGAACCAACUCCGUUACGUUGAUAACGACCACUAUAUUGGAUGCAGCAAGCCGGCAUGUUACUGCUGCCACCUCUACUUCCGGCACCACAAAUCUAGACCCGUGGAACCGGACUCGCAUCAGAAGAUAUAUCUGAACUGGGGAGUACCGGCGUUGCCCGAGGGUUCUAAAAGUCCGAGCUAUAAUAUGCAGCGAGACCUGAUGAAUAAGAUGCUGGAAACGAUCAGGAAAGAUGCCCUGGCGCAGAUCAUACAGAAAGCAGGGCCGCUCAAAUGGCACCCCGAUUCGCUGACGGGGAUUACUAUUUCAACUGUGGCACUUCCUGCGGAGAAAGUAUACCUUGGAGAGAACCCUCUCGAAAGACAGUUAACAAGUUCGAGUUAUGACUCUACCACGCCCGAUGUCAUUCCCGUUACAGAUACACAAUCGUAUAUUGCCGAAGAAUGGAGCAGCUCCUCCCUCGACAACGAUAAUUCGUCGACCUGCGAGCCUCAAGGUGAGGCUAUGGGUGAGUUUGACUCCGAUUCCGACUCUGAUGGCGGGGUCUCUUUGUAGUGUUGCAACUUUUAUGGGAUAUGUUACCUUUUACAGGACGCCAUGUGAAGAUAGGCUUGGUUGGCUUGGUUGGCUUGCAGAUUUGUCCCGUUGAAAUAUAUUAUCUUGAUCUCAUGAGAAUGUCACGUUUGAGUCUGCAACUGUUUUAUCGGAAGCGGUCCUAAGUAUAAUUUAAUUGUCAGUUACCUCGUAUCAUCCAAACGAAGAUGAGAUAAUUCGAGGUUAAUGUUGGUGUUGCAAACUUUAAGUUGACUAUUGUUAGACUGUGCUGGUAGACACUCAUUGACCUUCCCGUACCUUUAUAC